AUGCAUGCAAACCACCUUACAGAAGCGGAGCUAGACGAGAUCUACGCCUUCGCCGUACAACUUGGCAAGGAUGCUGGCAAGCUGCUCCUCGAGGCCGCCCAGUCGAGAUUCAACGGCGAGAACAGGCAGGAAGUUGUCGAGAAGGACAGUUCGGUAGACAUCGUAACGAAAACCGAUGAAGACGUAGAGGCCUUCAUCAAGACAUCCAUCCACGACAAAUACCCCAACCAUGCCUUCGUCGGCGAAGAGACCUACUCCAAAGGCACCUCGCGCGCCUACCUCAUCAACCCCACCACCCCGACCUGGUGCGUCGACCCGCUCGACGGCACCGUCAACUACACGCACCUGGUCCCCAUGUUCUGCGUCUCCAUCGCGCUAGUCGCCCAGGGCCAGCCCACCAUCGGCGUGAUCUGCGCGCCGCUGCUGGGCCAGCUGUUCACGGCGUGCCGGGGCCGCGGCGCCUGGCUCAACGAGACGCAGCGGCUGCCGCUCAUUCGUAAUCCAGUGCCGCCCAUGCCGGCGGACGCGCCGCGCGGGUGUGUCUUUGCGUGCGAGUGGGGGAAGGAUAGGAAGGAUCGGGUGGAUGGGAAUCUGUAUCGUAAGGUGGAGAGUUUUGUGAAUAUGGCGGCCGAGGUGGGGGGGAGGGGUGGGAAGGGUGGGAUGGUGCAUGGUGUGAGGAGUUUGGGCAGCGCAACACUCGAUCUUGCAUACACGGCAAUGGGGGCGUUCGAUAUUUGGUGGGAGGGAGGGUGUUGGGAAUGGGAUGUCGCCGCUGGUAUCGCAAUCCUCCAAGAAGCCGGCGGACUAGUAACGACUGCGAAUCCGCCUGAAGAUCCCGCAACUGCGCGGAUAGAGGACGUGGGGUUGGGAAGUCGCCUAUACUUGGCCAUCCGUCCCGCAGGGCCCUCAGCUACCGAGUCGGGGAGAAAAGGUCAAGAGAGAACUGUCCGAGAAGUAUGGCGGCGUGUAAGAGAACUCGACUACACCAGGCCGGCCGCUUGAGGUGCUGCGAGGAGAAAACAAGCCCGAUGCCUUGUAUGCUGAACCCUGAGAAAAAGAUGAGACAAUACCAGAGGGUGUGCGAUUGGAGAGGCAUGUGCCAGCUGAAAGUAAUGAAACCAAGUCCGGGUUCAGUGUCACUCGCAGCAAAUGAGCAGCUCACAGUGUCCGGAGACGAGUGGCUG